AUGAUGCACAUCAUCGACCACCUGAUUUCUCGUGGGUUCUUUUCCCUUGAUCAUCUCAACGAGCGUAUCGAAAAAUUCAAGUAUGAUAGAAGUGACUCAAAAAACAAGCCAGAGAAGAUAGUGCCAGAUGCUCUCAAAGGCAAAAAGAAAAUGAAGGGUAGUGCCUCACAAAUUUAUUGCUUUUUUCGGCACUUUGCACUCUAUAUUGCCGACUCUGUUCCUCGUGCAAAUACUGCAUGGGAGCUGUACCUUCUGCUGCGACAGAUAGUUGAACUAUUGGUUUGCCGGAAGCUACCUACUGGAUACGUGCCAUACCUACAACGACUGACUCAUUUCUUCUGUUUGGACUUCCAAGCCCUCUUUCCAGAAGUAAGCGUUCCAUGUAAGGCGCACUACUUGAUCCACUACCCUGCAUAUAUCUACAAGUACGGCCCCUUAAUUAACCUCUGGGCAAUGCGUUUUGAAUCAAAACACCAAUAUUUCAAGGACCUCUCAAGAAAGCUCCACAACUUCAAGAACAUCACUCAUACUUUGGCAAUGAGACAUCAGUUCCUGCAGGCGUAUGUCCUCUCACAAGCUUCAACUGAGAGCAGCAUUUUCACAACAGGCAGUCGCCCAAUCCUGCUGGAGCAUGUGCCAGAUGUCGUCAAAUCCUACAUCGCACAAAAGGAUGUUCAUGUGACAAACGUGUCAACGUUGAGUUCGGUAAGAAGUGGCAGCAUUACUUAUGGACCAGGGAUGGCCCUGCCACACAAAGUCACUGAUGAUGACCUGCCCAAAUUCGUCGAGAUCUGUGGCAUCUACUCCAUCAACAGGGAGAUCGUGUUCGAAGCACGUGAAGUUUCCAGCAUAGAGUUUUACGGUCAUUACCACGUUUAUGUGGUCACUGCGAGUGACACGUAUUCUGUCUUCAGUGACACUGCUGGUUUUAGGCCAGAGCCUUUGUACAUUACUCGGCUAGGAAACAGGCACAUCAUUAACACUCGUAGUGCUCUACUGUAG